CUCCUCCGUUGAGCAACUCGGUUUUCCCAUACUUUUCAUCUCCAAGCGUAUUCAUUCUCUUUCCAUCUUCUCUUUGGUUGAGACGACAGAUCUUGUCUUAACCUUGUUUUCUUUUUCGAUAAUACUUUAUUUUACAAUUUAAUAUUUGAAAUAAUGGCCGACGUCACUUCCAAGCUCAAGGAGGCUCUCCCUCAGCACCUGAAGCCCUCCAACGGUGCUGAUGGCGCUUUCCCCAAGAAGCACCACGGGAAGUCCCAGUCUCACAUGGCCUUUGAGAACACCUCGACCAGCGUUGCUGCCAGCCAGAUGCGCAAUGCUCUGAACGCGCUCACCGACACCGUCAAGGACCCCGAGGAGAAGAAGCGUUUUGAGACUGAGAUGGACAACUUCUUUGCUCUCUUCCGCCGCUACCUCAACGACAAGGCCAAGGGCAACCAGGUUUCUUGGGACCGCAUCGCUCCCCCUAACCCCCAGCAGGUCCAGGACUACAACACUCUUCCCGAGGGCAAUGCUGUUGAGUUCCUCAACAAGCUUGCCGUCUUGAAGCUCAACGGUGGUCUUGGUACCUCGAUGGGUUGCGUCGGCCCCAAGUCCGUCAUUGAGGUCCGUGACGGCAUGUCGUUCCUUGACCUCUCUGUCCGCCAGAUUGAGUACCUCAACCGCACCUACAAUGUCAACGUUCCCUUCAUCUUGAUGAACUCGUUCAACACCGACUCCGACACCAAGAACAUCAUCAAGAAGUACGAGGGUCACAAUGUUGACAUCAUGACCUUCAACCAGUCGCGGUACCCCCGUGUCUUGAAGGACUCCCUCCUCCCCGCUCCCAAGAGCUACGACUCCCAGAUCUCUGACUGGUACCCCCCUGGCCACGGUGACGUCUUUGAGUCUCUGUACAACUCUGGCAUUCUCGACCAGCUCAUUGAGCGUGGUGUUGAGAUUAUUUUCCUCUCCAACGCUGACAACCUCGGCGCUGUCGUCGACCUCCGCAUUCUGCAGCACAUGGUUGAGUCCAAGGCUGAGUACAUUAUGGAGUUGACCGACAAGACCAAGGCCGACGUCAAGGGUGGUACCAUUAUCGACUACGAGGACUCUGUCCGUCUUCUUGAGAUUGCCCAGGUGGCCAAGGAGCACGUCAACGAGUUCAAGUCGAUUAAGAAGUUCAAGUACUUCAACACCAACAACAUCUGGCUCAACGCCAAGGCUAUCAAGCGUGUUGUUGAGAACAAUGAGCUCGAGAUGGAGAUUAUCCCCAACAACAAGUCCAUCCCCGCCGACAAGAAGGGCGAGUCGGAUCUCUCCAUUGUCCAGCUCGAGACUGCUGUCGGUGCCGCUAUCCGCCACUUUGGCAACGCCCACGGUGUCAACGUGCCCCGUCGCCGCUUCUUGCCCGUCAAGACCUGCUCCGACCUUAUGCUCGUCAAGUCUGACCUCUACACUCUUCAGCACGGUCAGCUCGUCAUUGACCCCAACCGUUUCGGUCCUGCUCCCUUGAUCAAGCUCGGCAACGACUUCAAGAAGGUCAGCGACUUCCAGAAGCACAUCCCCAGCAUCCCCAAGAUUGUCGAGCUCGACCACUUGACCAUUACCGGUGCCGUCAACCUCGGUAGCAAUGUCACCAUGAAGGGUACCGUCAUCAUUGUUGCUACUGAGGGCAGCACGAUCGAUGUUCCCCCGGGAUCCGUCCUUGAGAACGUUGUCGUCCAGGGUAGCUUGAGACUCUUGGAGCACUAAAUGCGUCGUCUUUUUUUGUUUCUGUCUCUCUCAUAAAGGUUGUCAAUGUAGCCAAGUGGCUGUGACGUGUCACAUACCAAUUAUCUGGUUCUCACGAGCAGCUGUUGGUUUACUUGCAACCGCUGGCGCGGGGUUUGAAAGGGCU